AGCAAUAGUUGGAAUAUCACAGCGAUAGAUACCAACUGAUACUUCCAGAGAAUGGCAGUCUAGUUCCAUCAGGGAAAUACCAGUCUCCACGAUGAAAACCAUCAGCACCACGACAACAUGUUCUCAGGUCAGUGAUACACUGAACACUGUCACUACCACUGAGAUCAUCUCCCACUUGACUGAUGUCCACAUAGUAAUGGUUGGCCAGAGUCUGGUCCAUGAAGGAGACAUAAGGAAAGGUCUGGCAGUAUACUUCUCCCACAGACCAGCAGACCAACAUCAGCCAUAGGCAGUGAAUCACAGGCAUGUUUCUC